GGAACGGCGCCGUAUACACUUCUCUCUCUCACUCACAGAUAGUGGUGUAAAAAAAAAAGGCUCUCAAAUGAUAAAAGAGGCUGAUUUAUUUUGAUGGUGGAGGCUGCGCUGGAUGGGUAUGACAUGGAGGGGGGUAACAGGAGAUUUUAAGAAACCUUAAUUUAUUUGAAUUUCUUAUGGCAAAGGAGACAUGGCUGGACUGUUUAUCUCCAAAAGGUUAGCCGACCCUUGAUGGGCGUGGAGUAUCCAGAUUCUCUGGAUUCCACAUACGAUGGAUGACGACAACUCAAAUGCUGUUCUCUCUGUGGAGCAGCUCAUCUACGCCAUCACCGUGCCACUGUCGACCUCCAUCAUCCUGGCGAACCUCGUCAUCAUCCUGGGUAUCGUCUGGAACCGCCAGCUCCACAACACGCCCAACUACUUCUUCCUCAGCCUGUUGGUGGCAGACAUGUGCACGGGUGUGGCGCUGCCCUUCAUACCCUUAAUGGGCCUGAACCGGGAGCUAAGUUUUAGCUCCUGUUUGCUGGCUCACGUGUUCCCGAACUUCCUCUUCUUGGCUUUCCUUUUCAACCUGGUGAUGGUUCACUACGAGCGCUACAUUUGCAUUGUCGACCCCUUGCAUUACAACAACCUGUGGAUGCAUCGCAGCCUCCCCCUGGCGUUGCUGAUGGUGUGGGUGCCUCCACUUCUGUACGCAUGUCUUCCUGCCUUUGGGUGGAAUAACUGGACUGGACCAGAUUGGAACAGCUGUUGCACAAGUAGCCAAAAUGUCACUCUGCUUUCAAACACUUCAACAAAUGAAACCAUGUGCUGCUCGUAUCGUCGGGUAUUUCCCAACGCUUUCAUAUACUUGGAAGUGUACGGGCUUGUGUUGCCUGCUAUUCUCACCAUCGCUGGAAUGACCGGCCAUGUCCUAUGGAUCACCCGAGGUCAGCUGAGGGACAUUUGUCGCCUCCAUCGUUCUGUGGAUCGGGGAAGUCAGGCGUCAGACCGGGAGCAGAGGCUGAACCUGCGCUACACUCGCUGUGUGGUGGCAGUGUCGCUCACCUUCCUCGCUUGCUGGGUCCCCUACCUCAUUUACAUGCACGCCUGCAUCGCGUUCCUGAUCAGUGACACCAAGUGGAGCUCCACCACGCACAUCGUGCUGUCCUGCACUGGUAUCGGAAGCAUGGCUGUGGUGCCGCUGGUGCUCGGCCUCGCCAACAAGCAGUACACAGAGCCGGCGUUCAAACUCCUCCAGAAACUCCGAGACAGGUGGAGGAGGAGGAGGAGCACACAGGAGACAGAGGAGGUGGCAGUCUGAGAAAAUAUCGACAAACUCAAUAUUUAUGAGGAUGAAUCCACAAGAAAUAUGCCAAAACCAGAGAAGACUGCCCAUGGCCAAGUGGAGAUCCACGCAGAAAUGAUAGGGAAAGGAAACUUGGCUUGUAACAGUAGGGUUGUCAAUUCGAGUCCCGACCAGGUCAAAUGGCUGGGGUACCCCUGAGCAAGGUACCCCACCCCCAUUGCUCCCAAAUGGGGGUAUUCCCACCCCCAUUUGGGGGGAAUGUUAAGGGAAUACCUAUAAGCCUGCUCUGCGCACACAUCAGUACAAAUGCUGUUUUCUCCAUAUGUAUGCAAUGUUUACCCUUCCACUAUUUAUCUACAUACUGGUAUGCAAGGCAUGAGGAGAUUAGGAUUCCGCUAAAACAUGACACUGAAAAUGAAAAAUCCACAACUUUACCAGUUUCCGCUUUUAGAUAGAGAAUGUCAGAGGGAUGUUUAACGUCUGAACACAAUUCGAUUUCCCUCUGUAACUUCAUUAAACACAGUAUGUGUACUGUACUGUAUGUACAGUGUGUUGUGGUAUUUGUCUUGCAAAAACAAAAUGCAGUUUCACAUGCGUGUGGGUGGAAAAAGAGACACGACGGCGAACGAGAAAAGCAGACCUUGAUCAAAUUAAACGACAAAUGAGGUCCUGAUCUGUCGGGGGACAUUGUCGGGGGAGAUAUUAUCAUAUCAUGUACGCCAUCUGUACGAGGUCCUGUUCCUGUAUGUUUCUUUUCCACAUCAGAAUAUCAUGUACAUGUCAGUAAGAUUGAGAAUAAACAGGGGAAGAAGAAGGAAAAGUCUUCAUACUCUCAGCUUUAAAACAAACACAUUGUGCCAGGAUUUAUCACACUUAUACGUAAUAGUCUGACAUUCAAAUAUCAAAAGGAGCUUUCAGACAUUUCGUAAGCUGAUUGUUUCCUCUUUCUUGGAUUUAUACAAAGAUAAGUGAGAUUUACAUUGCAUCUUAAACAUGUUUUCGAAAUAGAUUAAAUAUUUAUAUUUAUCAACCCAACAACUUAAGCUCAAUUUCUCAAAAGUGUGACAUUAAAAAUGUGUCCAAAAAAUAAUAAAUGGACUAA